AUGAGUACCAAGCCCUCCACCAACAUCAAGGUCGUCUUUGGCGCCAUGACCGUGGGCCAGGCCGGCCUCAGUGGUUGCCGCCAGACCAAUCAAGCAGAAAUCAAGGCCGUCCUCGAUGUCUUCCAGAAGCACGGACAUACUGAAGUAGAUACGUCUCGAGCAUAUGCGAAAGGCACCUCCGAGGAGCUCCUGGGCCAGAGUCAGUGGCAGACCCGGGGACUCCAGCUAGCGACCAAAAUCUAUCCGACAGCCAACACAAGCAUGCCUGGGGACAAAUACACCUUAAGGGCAGCCGAUCUGCGCCAAGCUCUCUCUCAAAGUCUCGAGGCCCUCCAAACCGACUCAGUCGAUAUCUGGUACCUCCAUGCUCCGGACAGGACAACCCCGUUGGAAGAGACUAUGCGAGCAGUCGAUGAGCUGUAUCGGGAGGGCAAAUUCAAGCGGCUUGGACUGAGCAAUUUCAUGUCUUGGGAGGUCGCUCGCGCCUAUGACCUAUGCGAGCAGAACAACUGGGUGCGGCCUUCUGUCUACCAAGGGAUCUACAACCCAUUGCACAGAGCCAUUGAAAACGAGCUUGUUCCCUGCCUACGUUUCUACAAGAUUGCCCUGUAUGCUUUCCAACCUUUGGCGGGCGGUCUCCUUACCGGCAGAUACCACUUUGAAACGAACGACUUCGAGCAGGGCUCGCGCUACAAUCCCGAUAACGGCUCGAGCUCGACAAUGAAUGCGCGAUACUGGAACAAAUCGUGCUUCGCCGCUGUCAGCAUAAUCGAAGAAGCUGCCAAACGUCACUCCCUGACCGUGUCCGAGUGCACAUACCGUUGGCUGGCUCACCACUCCGUGUUGAAGGAUGAUGACAGGGACGCAUUGAUCAUUGGGGCUAGCCGGCCUGAUCAGCUGGAAUCAAAUCUGGUGGAUUUGGAAAAGGGUCCCUUGCCAGAUGAUGUUGUCGAGGCCAUCGACCACGCUUGGCAAGCGAUUCAAGACCCUGUACGAAAGUAUUGGCAUUGA